UACAAAAAUAACAAUCCGAAUUUUAUGUUGCAUGUGUCCUUUAACAAAACGUCAAAUACGUGGCGCGAGUCUAACCAUGGCAUGGACAAAGAAUACAAUGAAAAAUUUCCUGUAUGCAAUGACUCCGCGUUCGAAGAUUUAAUAUCAUUUAAUCGCAUUUGGCACGGAACGAAUAACAUGCAACAAGGUCCUAUCACAAUGUUAUUAAGAAAAUAUUGGCGACAAACUACAGUAUUAUUAUUCAUUUCUUUUGUUAAUUUCGUUUGUUUCUACGUAUGUAAAGUAGUAAACAUGUGUUCGAUUUAUCGGUUGAGUGAACAAAGUAUCAUACCCUUCAAAAAAAGACAAAUAUAUAAACAAAUUUUUGAAGAUACGAUUGUCAUCUCAAAAAUUACAUUGUUGUCAUUUAAAAUUACAAAGAGUUCGUCUAUAAAAUUUGUAAAAUGAAUUAAGUUAAUAUGAUGUAAACAUUAAACACUGGAUGUAAAGCACGGGAAAAAUUUAAGCCGGAAGUUGGCAGUCGGCUUUCCGAGUGCUUGACUUCGUGACUUCAUUUCUUCCGAGCGCAGGAGCACUCAUCCCAUAUAAAGUCAGAUGUACAUCGCAUCAGUCUCAUGUGGCACGUUGAUUAGAAAUUUAAAAUCAUUAGAUAGAAGAAAGCGUUAAAUAUGGAAAAGCGCCAAACCUUUUAUCACGCAAUCAUAACGCAUGAAGUUCACCACAUUUGUCUUGAAGUAUUUUAUCCAAGUUAAUUUGCAACAUAUGCUACAACACGGAAUCACUUUAAUAUGCUGUACACGAAGUUGUGGAUCUAAGUGUAACCGAUUAUACAUUGCAAUUUUUAUUUAUAAGGGGCGGGAUGCGAGGAGCAGCACUUCCCACUGCGAUAGUAACUUCUAGUUUUACUGUCAGUAAUAGCGAAAGUAACUUUUCUAGUUUUAUAAUUAGUUGUAAUUAUAAUUUGGUUGGAAUUAUUACACUUUAUUACAUUAGAAACAGCAGGCUUUACAAAUAUCAUUCGAGGAAAUUCGAUUUUGGAAAUUUGCACAGAUGAGCAAUGGUAUUCAGCGCAAUGGUUCUAGCAGUCCAAACAAAGCCGAUGAAAGUCUGUUGUCUCCUAAAGUUACUUCUAAUCAUUCGUACAUCGGGCAAUCUGAAACGCGAGUGUACAAGAGACGUUGGUAUAUCUUAAUUAUGUACUGCAUCAUUGGAGUCCUGCAGAAUGCGAUGUGGAACACAUUUGGUCCAAUAGAGACGACAGCUCGGGCAGUUUAUAAAUGGGAUGGAUGGGUUAUCGAUCUUAUUGCUGCCUGGGGAAGCGUCACGUUUUGUAUCACUAUGUUGCCUUUUGCUUGGGUUGUGGACGUUAAAGGUUUACGUGUUGGUUUACUGUUAUCUGCAGGAUUCACGUUGGUGGGCUCAGUUCUACGAUUUAUUCCAACUGGCAGCACGACAAGUUCGACUGCUUUGAUUCAUUGCGGUCAGAUAAUCAUUGGUUUAGCAGGUGGUAUAGCUGCUGCUCCUCUCCUUUCUUCAACUUGGUUCCCUCCAUCUCAACGCACUACUGCCACGGCCAUUUCAAGUGCCGCUGCAUUUAUAGGAUUCUCCAUGUCUUUUCUUAUUGGACCUGCCUUUGUCGACGAUGUCAAAGAUUCGAAUGCUCUUAAAGUUGGUGAUAACUACAGAUUAAACGAAACUGAAGAAGCAAAAUACCAAAAGCAAAUCAAUAGUUUGUUAUACACCCAAUCUGGAUUGCAAGCAGUCUUUUUCUUUUUUGUCUUUGUAUAUUAUCCAUCCAAACCUCCCAGUCCGCCCAGUCAAUCAGCGGCCACGGUUCGUGUUGAUUUUAAAGAUGGUGCCAGAAGUCUGAUUACGAACUUUAAUUUUCUUCUUCUUGCAACGAUUUACGGAGCGACAACGGGUGUCUAUGGUGGCUGGUGUGCUGUCUUGUAUCAGAAUCUUUCCGGGUAUGGCAUUGAUGUGAAUGAGCAUUUUGCCGAGUGGCUUGGCUUUGUUGCUGUUAUGAGCGGUGCCGUUUCCGGGGUCUCGUUUUCCGCAUUCGCCGAUCGUUUUACCGGACACUUGAAAUUAUUACUUAUUGUGUUCAUGGCUUCUUCGUUGUUUGCUAUUUUGUUGAUUUAUUACGUUUUUACUCGAGUUAUUGGAUUUAACAAAGGUUUAGUCUACGUUUUGUUUAGCCUCAGUGGAUUUUUUCUCAACGGAACAAUACCACUCUUUUAUGAGUUAGGAGUCGAGUUGACAUACCCGGUAGCCGAGGGUAUAACAUCCGGUUCUGUUAUGUUCUUCAAUAAUUUUUUGCAAUCAAUUUUUUUGGUUGUACCUCUGGGACAUUUGGGUACAAAGUGGAUGUUAUGGGCAACUAUUGGCACUUGUGCAGCGUCCACUUUGCUUUUAGUUUUCGUGAAGGAAACGUACAACCGAUCUUCUGUAGACAAACGUGCAAAGGUAGAAAAUGAUUUUUCUUCAAGCUCCUUAAAUAUGUAAAUGUAUAAGAAUCUUUGACCGUAUAUUUCAUCUACAAUACGAAAUUCUUAAUUUUAUAUUUUGAAAUGGACAACUUUAAGUUAUGAUUAUUCUUAUAAAUAUUAAAGCCCUGAAUUUACACGGAGUAUAACUGUAUACCAUGUUUAGCAUUUGUAAUAUAUAUCACACAUACCCUCUUUUUUUAUGCAACAAAAUAGAAUUAUUGGUGAACAAAAUUCGAAAAAAAAACACAUACCAUA